AUGACGGGAGAGAAGAUCCGCUCGGUGCGCAAAGAACGCAAGGCGGGUUUGGAUCUGCUGGAGCCGGACGAGGAGAGCCGGCGGCCACCGGGCCGAUCAAAGCCAACCGGGGCGGGGCAGCCAAAGAUCCUCAGCGGCGGGAACCACAGGAUCCUCCGCUCCAGCUCGCAGCAGAACCAGAACCACGGCGACACUGACGGCGCGUACCCCGUGCACGAGUGCGUGUUCCGCGGAGACGUGCGGAGGCUGUCAUCGCUCAUCCGGACGCAGAACAUCGCGCAGAAAGACGUGCACGGAAACACUCCUCUUCAUCUGGCCGUUAUGAUGGGUCAUAAAGAAUGUGCCCAUCUGCUGCUGGCCCAUAAUGCACCAGUGAAGGUGAAAAACGCUCAGGGAUGGAGUCCACUCGCCGAGGCCAUCAGCUACGGAGACCGACAGAUGAUCACGGCUCUGCUGAGGAAGCUGAAACAGCAGUCACGAGAGAGUGUGGAGGACAAGAGACCCCGUCUGCUCAAAGCACUGAAAGAGCUGGGUGACUUCUAUCUGGAGCUGCACUGGGACUUCCAGAGCUGGGUGCCUUUACUCUCACGGAUCUUACCCUCCGACGCCUGCAAGAUCUACAAACAGGGCAUCAACAUCCGUUUGGACACUACACUGAUCGACUUCAGCGAUAUGAAGUGUCAGCGAGGAGACCUGAGCUUCAUCUUCUGCGGAGACGCCGCUCCCUCCGAGUCCUUCGUGGUCCUGGACAACGAGCAGAAGGUUUAUCAGCGGAUUCAUCACGAGGAGUCAGAGAUGGAGACGGAGGAGGAGGUGGACAUCCUGAUGAGCAGCGACAUCUACUCCGCCACGCUCUCCACCAAAUCCAUCACCUUCUCUCGCGCUCAGACCGGCUGGCUCUUCAGAGAGGACAAAACCGAGCGCGUGGGGAAUUUCCUGGCGGAUUUCUACAUGGUGAACGGCCUGGUUCUGGAGUCCAGGAAGAGACGCGAGCACCUGAGCGAGGAGGACAUCCUGAGGAACAAGGCCAUCAUGGAGAGCUUCAGCAAAGGAGGGAAUAUCAUCGAGCAGAGCUUCGAGCCGGUGAGGCGUCAGUCGCUGACCGCUCCGUCUCCCAACACGAUCUCCUGGGAGGAGUACAUCACCGCUGAGAUGGGAAAGGCUCCUCAUCUGGGCCGAGAGCUCGUGUGCAAAGAGAGCAAGAAGAACUUCAAAGCGACGGUAGCCAUGAGUCAGGACUUCCCUCUGGGCAUCGAGUCGCUCUUAAAUGUUUUGGAGGUCAUCGCACCCUUCAAACACUUUAAUAAACUCAGAGAAUUUGUUCAGAUGAAGCUUCCGCCUGGAUUUCCUGUCAAAUUAGAUAUCCCUGUUUUCCCCACCAUCACUGCCACCGUGACCUUUCAGGAGUUCCGCUACGACGAGUUCGACAACUCCAUUUUUACGAUUCCCAACGACUACAAGGAGGAUCCCAGCCGCUUCCCAGACCUCUGAGCCUCUCGGCGUUCCCCGUCACCCCUUCAUCCCAUCCCAUCUCCCUCCAGACCACUGCAGGUGCAGAGGACACACCUGACGUCAUGUGGACACAAAGGGAUCGUGCUGAAGUGAGUGUGAAUCACUACACGAGGAAGCUCUGGACCGAGCUCCUCACCAGAAACACGGAGCGUCGCUUCACAUCCCCUCUGUGUAACUGGCAGGAAAUACGGCAUUAUAAAUUAUUACACAAGCCACGUUUUCAUAUAUAUAUCUUUGUUACAAACUUGUAUACUUCACUUAAAGGAAACCUGUAUACUUGGCAUCUGUAUAUGAUUCGAAACCCGUCACAGAAAGCAAUGUAUAUGUCAUUUCUACAAAAUACCUUCUUUUAAAAAACACCUACUCCCCCAUCCAUUUCUCUUUGCUUCAUUAAUUAAAACAAACAAACGGGCUUGUUCACUCUGCCCUUCACUGUAUGUUUGUUCGGAUCGUUUGCUUUCUCGCAUCCUUGCGUUUGUGAAGCGGAGGAUCGUACAGGACCGGAUGUAAAUGUAGCAGAAAUUUUUCGACGGACGGGACAUUCACUUUAUUUUCACCUCGAUAGAUGGAUGUAAAUACAUUCAAAUUUAAAUAUGUUUUCCAAUGUAGUAUAACUGACGAGUAUGUUUAUUGAGAUAUUAGUGUAAAAUGUUUCAGAGAUGUUUUAUAUGUGUGUUUGCUGUGUGCCGAGGGAAAAGGAGCUCGCGUCACGUUUGCACCAGCAGUAUCCCGUUGGACAGUUUCCUCUUUUAUGUUUAGUUUUUCCUUCUUCGAAUGGAAACGAGCUGCAACGCUUCCAUGACGCACUACUGGUUAGUGUGGAAACUCCUGUGUUUUGCUGUAUUCCUUUUUUAUUUUUGUUACCAGCUUCUCUGUGUUUAAUAAUGCUGUCUUUAGAGUUGCUUUCUGCCUUCAAUACUCUUCAGAUUUUCUCCCAGAUGCAUUGAGCUCCCGGAUGUACAGCAGGAACCUUGUAUGAACCUGCUGCACUUUUACAUGACGAAUUGUAAUUAAUAAAAUGUCCACAUAUCA